UUGCGCUCUCCGCGGCUCAGUCGAGUGAAGUUUACAGGCGGCGCAACAAGUUAUACCAACGGUUGGCGUCCGAGUACGAACUGAGAAAACCGAUUAAUAACGCACUAAUUAGUCGCCUGCUCGCAUCGAAAGUCACACGCGCCGCGCCUUAUUACCCUGUGUGAGUGCCGCCCCCAGAAGGAUCUAUUAAACUAGUGCCCCUGUGCGAAACAGUGAUAAAAACAUGAGCAAGAGCUGCGCGAGAUGUGAGAAGACGGUGUAUCCCACCGAGGAACUCAAGUGUCUCGACAAAAUAUGGCACAAGAUCUGUUUCAAAUGCAAAGUCUGCGGGAUGACGCUCAACAUGCGGAACUACAAAGGCAUGGACAAGGAGCCAUACUGCGAGGCCCACAUCCCAAAGGCGAAAGCGACGACAGUGGCGGUCACGCCCGAGCUGCGCCGCAUCGCUGAGAACACAAAAAUCCAAUCGAACAUCAGUUACCACGCCGACUUCGAGAAGAGUAAGGGCAAGUUUACGCAGGUGGCCGACGACCCAGAGAUGCAGCGCAUCAAGGCGAACACACGGAUUAUCAGCAAUGUCGCCUACCACGGCGAUCUGGAGCGCAAGGCGAACAUGGAAAGCAAACGCUCCAUCAAUGAAAAUGGUUACUCCAGCCUGGACGCCACCAAUGCGAAUGUCCCACCGCCGAAUAUCCCGCCCCCGCAGCAAUAUGCCACGCAAUCACAGUCUCAAUCUCAUUCGCAGACGUAUCAUAAUGCUAAUGUGAAUACGCAACCGCCUCAACACAUGCACCAGCCUCAGCAACAUCAUCAACAACCCCAAAUUGGCAAUCCACAUCAUAUUGGAAAGAUUAGCGAUUAUGAUCCACAGGAGUCAUAUCAACAUCAACAACAAGCUGCUUAUCCAGCGGCAGGAAAUGCCAACUCGAAUUCGCAGACGUUGAUUUACUCCAGCGAACAGGGCGCUGUGAAUAACCCACCGCAAAGGCAUAUUGGAUCUGUGCAUGAUAUUGAUCCAGUGAAUAAUUAUUACGGUUCACUGUCGACAGGCCAAGUCUACCGGGCUAUUUACGAUUACGAAGCGCAGGAUACCGAUGAAGUUAGCUUUUUGGAAGGCGAUUAUAUUAUCAAUGUGCAAAGCAUUGAUAGCGGCUGGAUGACGGGUGAAGUAGAACGCACCGGAAAGACUGGCAUGUUACCGGCUAAUUAUGUACAAGUCGCGAAAAUUUAAACGUUUUAUACACAAGCAUUUUUUAAACUGAAAAUUAGCUGAAAGCCUACGAAAAUAAUUUAAACCUCUUUUUUGAAAUAUCGCCACACUAAAAAACAUUCCGCAUGAAGCAUUUACUUUGUCAUUUGUAUAUUACUAUUUGUAGGCUGAGAAGACUUGCCAAAACUUGUAAGAGAAAAGUUUAAAUUUAAAUUAUUUACGAUGACCCUACGAAAGUGCCUUAUAACAAAGUGAAACGUCAAUAAUACGCUAGUAAUUAAUGAAGAUGUAUGCAAUAAGCUAACACACGACACAAUGUUAACGAAUCAAAACACAAACAAACAAAAACAAAGCCUUAUUAAUGUAUGUAGCAAUUAUUCUAAUCUACUAAGUCUAAAAUAUUCCAAAAUACAUACUACUAGAACUUUUAUACACUACAAAUAUUUUUGAUAGAACUGCGUUUACGUCUCUAGAUUGAGAUUUAAAAGAAUUAUAAAUGCAAUUUAUAAAAGUGCAUCAUGCUCGAUAUUGUUCAACAUCACUUUGGAUGCAUUACAAAUAUCUUUCCAAUUGUUGUUUACGAUGGAUAAGUCAAAAUUAUUAAGUAUUACGCGAAAUUUAAGCAGCAGGCGGCGAGCGAAUGUAAAUUUUACGAUAAAAUUCUUAAUUUUAAGCGAAGCGGAUGUAAGAAACAUGUUGAAAGCAACAAUACGAGAAUCGCUUUAAAUAUGUACAUGUAUAGUUUAUAUAUUACGUUGAAAAUUCAAUUAUAUUACAAUUUAGUACAUAAACCAA